AUGACCAUUGAAUUGUCUGUGGAGUGGUAUAAAGUUCCUAUUUUGGUUGACUUGGGAACUGGAGAACUAGCAGCCCCUCUUCAGAUAGAGCAAGGUUUUCCUCCAUUAAAUACUGUUAGACGAAAGUAUAAACCAAAACUGUUCGAUUAUGAACAGAGAGAUGAGACACCUCAAGAUUCAAAAGCACCGUUUAAAAUAAAUUUCUUUUUAAAAAUAAUUGAUCAAACACUAAGUUCUUUAAAUAGUAGAUUUGAAAUGAUAUCUGAUUACAACAUUUUUGGUUUUUUUAGUGAUAUUUUAAAAUUAAAUGUCGUGCUCUACAGCAAAAGCUAA